GCUCGUGCAUGUUGGGGGGUGAGCCCAAUCACAAGGCAGUCUUUGACAGAUCAAUUGAUGUUUCUAUGGUAACAUGGUCGGUGUCGUCCUGAAUGUCUUGACAGGUGUGUGACUGUUCAAAUCCACAGUAUGUACGCAAAAGGAAAAGGCUCAACAGUACCUUCUGAUGCUCAAGCACGGGAAAAGUUAGCGCUGUAUGUCUACGAAUACUUACUACACGUGGGAGCACAGAAGGCUGCACAAACGUUCCUAUCCGAGAUUCGAUGGGAGAAGAACAUCACGUUAGGAGAGCCUCCGGGGUUUCUUCACUCCUGGUGGUGCGUGUUCUGGGACCUGUACUGCGCAGCUCCAGAGCGGAGGGAUACAUGUGAGCAUUCGAGCGAAGCGAAGGCCUUCCAUGAUUACGGUUUCGUCAACUCCGGCUAUGCGGUCAACGGAAUCGCACAUAAUCCGUCAGCACCUAGCCCCUUGGGUCAGAUGCCUCCAAGUGACGGCAUGCCGGGAGGACCCAUGCCCCCCGGCGGCUUCUUUCCUAACUCGCACAUGAGGCCCUCGCCGCCACAGCAGCCCGCCAAUCAACCGUCCCCCCACCCCCAGCCCCCUCCCCCCCACAGUCAGAUGAUGCAGAAUCAGCCCUUUAUGUCUCCACGGUACCCUGGGGGACCCAGACCUGGUGUUCGGAUGCCCCAGCAAGUAGAUUUCAACCCCCCCGGUGGCGUGCCGGGUCAGCCGAUGAUGCCGAACAGUAUGGAUCCUACGCGGCAAGGUGACAGUGGAGAGUUCGUAGGGUGGCAAGGUCCUCCCACGAUGAACCCCAUGAACCCCCGGAUGAACCCUCCGAGGGGGCAGCCAUUGGGUCCCAUGAACCCCGGGAACUACGGGGGUAUGAGGCCGCCGCCGAACAGCACCAUGGGUCCCGGCGGUCCGAGCAUGCCUCCCAUGUCCAUGCCCGGUCCCGGCGGAAGACCAUGGCAACCGAACGCGUCCUCGAUGAACUAUUCGUCAGCGUCACCCGGUAGCCAUUAUGGGGGACCUCCAGUCUCUGGAUCUGGUCCCCCGGGUCCCGGAACUCCCAUCAUGCCCAGUCCGCAAGGUACCCCCGGCCCUUUCUCCCCCGCCAGCCACCGAAUGAAUGCCCCCAACACCAGAAGAGACUCUUCGAAUUCGGGCGGUGACGGAAUGUACGCCAUGAUGAAGCCUGUGCCUGGCGGAGGAAUGCCUGGGUUCCAGAUGGGUCCCGGGGGCCCUGAUGGCCCCAUGGGGUCUAUGGGGCCGGACAUGGGACCACCCGUCAUGAACGGCAUGUCUUCAGCAGGUGACGGCCUGGACGGCAUGAAGAACUCUCCGGCCAACGGUCCGGGAACACCGAGGGAAGACGGACCACCGAUGGGAGACUACGGAAUCCCGGGUUACGGACAGGAAAAUGACCAGACGGAGUCGGCAGCAAUACUGAAGAUCAAGGAGAGCAUGCAAGAAGAGGCCAAGAGGUUUGAGAAGGACACGCCGGCGGAGCCCCCCGACUAUUUCAUGCAAUAACCGGGUGGGCCCCCCCCACGUCGUCAUCGGCGAAUCGAGAACACCAACCAACCAAGCCCGCCAGCCCUGCACCUCGCAGAGAGAGUCUGGCAACCCCCACCACCCCCCCACCCAGACCUUCGCCCCCUCCCCACUUUCCCCCCAGUCUCCCCACUUACCCCCCACAUACUGCGAGCGGCGGGACACUUCUAGACAGUGCUGCAACUUCGGAGGACACAAGACGGCGACGCGGUGACAGUGACGACGAUGAUGACAGUGCGGCCGCGCGGCGGCGUGCAGUGUGUCUCCGAUGAACUCGUGGGACCGGGGUUUGGUCGGUUUAUUUUAGGGGGAGGGGAGCGGGCUGGUUCACCGGUGGAAGGGGUUUGGGGAACGAAGUCGUUUCUGCAGUCUCUAGACUUCAGUUUUCUCAGCCAGUAAGCAAGCAGCUUCUUUCUUGUUUCUCUCCUUUGAGUUGGGGGGAGGGCACCCCAAAUUCGCUGCCUCUACGCGGACAGGAUUGAAGGACCGCUCGUAUUCUCGGAGUGCAAGAGACUACGGGCUGGGGUUGGUCCCCUCGCCGUUCCUCGCCCGAUUGAGUAUUGAAGUGCAACGGCGUUUCGAAGACCCCUUCUUUUUUUUGCCUUUUUCUUUCUUUGCGAAAGUUUGGUAGCCAGGUCGGCGAGUCUGAGUUUGCUAGAGCUGGAACUUCUCUCACAGGCCAUCUGGGAAGGCAGGGAAAGAGUAGCCAACGUCCUCUGGGCCUGCCGCAGUAUUUUACAGAGCUAUCAGACUUUUCUAUUUUUUCUUUUUUUAAGUUUAGGAUCUUAUCAAAGUAAACUGUUCGAUCUACUGCAGGCUGACUGAUCAAGAUUGCUCCCGAUCUUGGCCACUCUUCUGCACUGGUGAAAGUCGGGAUGCCAGCAGACGCCUUUCAUUCCCCACUUGGUUUUGGGAAUUGAAACGAAAAUUAUACUCCCUUUACAGAAAGGGUACCAUCAAACAUUUUACAGAGGAACGGCAGUAGUAACGAUCACGGAGCAUCUCCUCAUGGUCUCUACGGUGUGGUUGCCGUAAAUGGUUUCCCUUGAUUUUAGGCAGGGGUUGCCAUCGGAGUCGUUCAGGGGCACUAGAUCAGCCCGGCCGGGGAAGACUGGUUGAGAAGGUUGUUGCAGGCACUGUAGGAAUGGCGGCAAAAGAGGUUGGGGUAGCGCAGUUAAACGAGGCAUCACGGUGGGGGAGUUUGGGGGAGGAGGCGGGGUGUGUGGGGGGAGGGGGUUACCUUGCGGGCUGCUCUCUCUCUCCCCUUCUCUGGGGACAGGUCUCUUGUCUUCUGUCUCUCUUCUUGGUCUUCUGGAGGUGUCCUCUUGGAGGAGGAAACGGCGUUGUCGUGUAAACGGGUCGGGACGGAUGACCCCGUCCGUCGAAGAAAAGCUUUUUUUUUUCUUUCUCUCCUUUUCGCAGUGUGUGGUGUGGUGCAUCUUGAAAAAAGAUGUCGAUUCUUUUCGUUUUUUUUUCUUCUGCGCUUUAAGGGCCCCUACCUUUGCAAAGGGUUACUGGCACAGACGUGUGGACAGUCGUAGAGGCACCGCUUGUCUUUAUAUUUUUGUUUCGACCAACAUUUUCGGUUUUAGGUACCCCUGACAACGGUCGAGGCUGCAGCAUUUGAGAGGAGAAAGAAACACCAAAAUUGUGCACGCUAGAGAGACGAAAUUUGUGUGGCGCUUAUACACCUUCACGUUUCAACCGCAAAAAAAAAAAAAAAGAAACAUUUUUCCAAAAAAGUGGGGUCUUUUUUUUUUCUUAGGGUUUUGCGAGUGCAUGAGUGUGCAAUGUGCGUGCGUGUCUGGACGAGCGUCUGAGCGUGUGCAAGCGUGCGUGAGUGUGUGUACAUAAUAUAUGUAUAUGUAGCGGACGCUCGACGAGACUGGUUAGACGAGAGUGGACAGACGAAGAAAACUAUACAGCAUCAACGCGGUUUGGAGGCUUUCAUCUUCGAUUCUUGGUUUGGACUUUUUUUUUUUCCCUCGUCUAAAGAGCUAUUUUGACGCGAAGAUAACUCUUACGGUAGAUCUUUUGCGUCAUUCUAACGUUACUUUGGAAGAGGCACACACUGUCGCGUCCAUAUCAUUAAACAAAACCGCUCGCCUUUUUUUUCCCCCCCACAUCAUUUGCAAUUACCUUGAGCGGUGUGUCGUCGCGGAACGUAUGAUCCGUGAGACAAGGGGACGUUUUCAUUGUGCCGUGUACUCGUUGCAUGUCGCGGCAAAUUGCGAGGGGGGUAGGGGAGAAGAAAAAAGAGAACCAACAACACUACAUGCUCUGUAUAUAUAUGCAUAUGUACACAUAUAUAUAUUAUAUAUAUAUGUAAACUGGCAGGAGGAGUGUUUAUGACACGGAAACACGUACACACACACACACGUACACGAGGCAGACGAAGAGAGGCGCGAGGCCCGUCUCGACUUCCUCGCUAGGAGGCGGACUGAGGCGGAGGCUGCGAAGACACCACCCAGGACUCUGUACUGUUGGUUUAAUUUAUAUGCAGCAGCCCCCUUUUCUCCUUUGCUCCCCUUUGCUUGUAUCAUCAUGUGCAUGUGUACCCACGUCUGAAACAAAGUGUUUCUGUUUACGA